AUGUCUUCCGAUCAGCAGCAAUGUAAACAGACCUGCCCACCUCCUCCAAAAUGCCAGGAGAAAUGCCCUCCACCAUGCAAGGAGCCCUGCAAGCCUCCGAAAUGCCAGGAGAAAUGCCCUCCACCAUGCAAGGAGCCCUGCCCUCCCAAAUGCCCCCCUCCACAGCAGUCCCAAGACUGGAAGCACUGCUAA